GAAGAAUGAAGAUAAAAUUUCGUCCAGUAUUGAGAAAAUAUAUUGCAUGGAAUGAGGCCCAAGACCCGAAACAGGCCCACAUGGAAAUGGACCUCCGAGAGGAAUAUGCCCAUGCUUUUCGAACCGAAUCCUAUGCUGAUUUCUGGACACGUGUCCUUGCUUUAUCCGAAAAGAUUUCUUCUCCGACCAAAAUUGUGGGCUCCACUUCAGCUGCUCGGCUUCCCUCUUACCGGCUUUUCGUGGAGCAUCUUUUGGAUCCGGAUCAACCCACUGUGACUCGAAUUCUCAGUUUGAUCCAAACCCAUCAAGACACCCACUCUCUAUUAUCUGAAUACUUCUCACAAACUGCUGAAGCUUCUCUACUUUGUAGUCUAUUAUUAAAAGACGUGCAACGUACACGCUCUAGAUAUAAAUCACUUAAAUCCGCCUUAGACUCCCUCCAAAAAACACCGUACUCACCUAAAAAACACAUGCCCAAAAUCCUGACCCGAUUAACUAAAUUCUGUAACUCACUUAACCCGCUUGUUUCAUCAACAUCUUCUCCGCUCCGAUUUAAAACCGUUCAAGCUAACUGCUCGCAAUUGCUAAAAAGGAUCGAGCUUAAGCGCGAUAAGACCAAAGCGAAACUCCGAUUAAUAAAUAAAUUCAAACGUGGCUCAGCCAUAUUUGUCAUGGCUCUAACAAUCUCGCUUACCGUUAUUGUAGCGACUCAUGCACUAGCCUUGCUAGUUGCGGCUCCAACGGUAAUGAUGGCUUCAUUCCAGCUGAUGUCGACUAAGAAGCUGGCUAGCUGGUCGGCUCAGCUGGACGUAGCCGCGAAAGGUACGUACAUAUUAAUUAGAGACUUGGACACUAUAAGUCGACUAGUGGGUCGGCUAAAUGAUGAGUUGGAAGACUUACAAGCCAUAGUUCGGUUUUGGCUCGAGAGAGGUGGAGACCCGCUUCAGCUUGAGGUACAAGCCAGCGGAGAAGUGGCGCGCCAGCUGAAAAAGAAUUAUGCAAACUUUGUGGAGCAAUUGGAUGAAUUAGAAGAACAUUUGUACUUGUGUUUCAUGACAAUUAAUAGGGCUCGAAAUCUUGUUAUUACUGAAAUUAUGAAUUCGCGCCCAUAUUUGUUAACCCAAAUUAAAGAAUAG